AUGAUGAAUCUUCCCCUGAAAUCUUCUUCCUUUCUCUUGCUCAUUUACCUUGUCGCCUGUCCAAUAUCCAAUGCAGAUGAUCUUGGUGAUAGAGUCAGCCGUAGCUCAAAUCAACCAAGUUCGUUCCCGACAAUUGUGAGUUUCACGGAACAUCCAGCAACUUUAGUCGAUGGCCCAAGCACGUACCCGUCUGCUGCCCCAAUUGCCACAACCAUCGACUCGCAGUCACUGCCGCCAUCCAUACGGGACUCCACUAGUCAAGAUAAUAUCUGCACCAAUGAUCCAGAUUGGUGGCUAGACUAUGAGUACAUGGUCUUUUGGGCUCGCGAAACCGAAGAGCUAAGAUGCGAUGAUGCUCGAGUCGAAUGUUGCUCCAAGGGAAACCUUGGGUUUGCGAAGGAUUACUGUUGUAAAUGUUCUUCUUUAACAAAUGACUGCCCAGCCAUUCCAGAAGACACCAAAAGCUUCUACUCGCAAGUGCUGACAGGUCUAGCCUUUGUCUCCGGAAUUCUUAUUUCCUUAAAGGCGAUGCGGACCAUGGAACUGCGAACGACGAGACAAACCAUGAUGGCACGGCGACAACAGCAGCGUGAAAACAAUGACAAUCAAGGGUUGACGGAGGAGGAACGGAACAAUGCCCGAUACGAGCUGUUUGCUUCUGGAUUCCAUUUCCAAGAAGUCUUGCCGGAUAAAUCCAACAUUACCGUUGAUGGGGUGAGGAAUAACAAGUCAGCAUCUUUGAAGCAACAAGAUGAGGAGAAUUCCCAUGACGAAGAAAGCAAGACUGAAGUUGCUGAUAAUGACGAUGAUGAACUAGUAGUACCUGAACGCUCAAGACACCUCGGCGAAAACCCACUGCGCCUGCCUACUAGUACUUGGAGAAAACAACCUGCAGUCAAAGACGAGUGUUGCAUUUGCUUGGAGUGCUAUAUACCUGGAGAGACGAUAUGCGCCCCAGUUACGGAACGAUGCGACCAUGUGUUCCAUGAGGGAUGCAUAUACGAAUGGUUCAAAAGGGGCAACGACAAGUGUCCACUGUGCCGGAUAGAAUUUCUGAAGGAUUAG